AUGAGCUUGGACCAAAUUAUCGACUCUGUCAAAGUUCGCAUUGACAGCUUGGCGCGAGAAUGGAAUCGAUUGAGUUCUGCGACAGCAGAGACGUCAAACGACGAGAUGAGGCUUCUGAAAGAGAAAGUGAGUCUGGUACAGGAGCAGAAUACCGUGAUUAUAGUCGAGCUGAACAGCAUCAAGAGACUUUUGAGCAUAGAGGAGGACAAAACCAAUAACCUUUUCAGCGCGGUGGUAGACACUUCUGGCGGUGCACUGAAAUUGCCCGUUUCAACCGAUAAUGCAAUUGUGAUCACGCCGAGCGACAAACCACGAAGAAAAGGCACCGAAUGGCUUCCAUCGAUCGAUCGACAAAGGUUGCCCCGACCAGAUUCCGAUAUUGAGCGUCUUACAGGUGUAAACCACGACUUUUCUCCUCUCAAUAAAUAUCCACUGGCGUUUAGCGUGCACAGUUUUCUCAAUCAUUCGCCGUCACCCUGGAAAAGGAACCUCGAAUCUCUGUCUCCAGCAGAAUGUCGCAAAAGAAGCCGACCUGAUGAUUCUGCAGGCGACGAAAAUGAGUUUACUGAAUACCAGAGAAUCCAAAAUUUGCAUAUAGUAGAGUCCUCAUCUGGUAAACCCAUAGUGAAGCCGCAGCUCAGACCUUUGCUGCCAUCAAAUGUCCAAAAUAUUGCGAAGUUCAAGUCGAGAAAACAGCACAUCAACAUCAAAGACUUCAAAUUUGUGAUGAGUUCUAGCCCAGCGACCAUUUCUGACAUGUACCAGGAAUAUGAACUAGUCUUACGGCCACAGAUUUUAGAUUUCGAACAGAGAUAUGGCAAAGGCCAGCUAUCCAAAUUGCCUCAAGUCCGUACGUACCAGCGGCGCAGGGCACUUGCGUGCGAAAUUGGGAAGUAUGCGACAAGACACGAUAUCACCAUUGAAGAGUCCAUACAGCAUUUUGAAAACAUCAGGAUCCGCAAUGAUAAAACAGUGGCUUGGAUUUACAAUAACCUAACCAGCAUUUUGGAGCAGUACUGUUGA